CCUUCGGCUGUUCUGCGCAGGCGCUGGGGAAGGCCGUGUCCCUGAUAUCACGCUUCCAAGACACACCUCCUAAAAGGAGUGACGUCAGGUUAGAGCCCCCGGAACCUGUCUGGACGUCCCCAAAUCCCGGCGCUGCAGCCUCUUCGGCCUCUGUCCGCCCGACCCAGGGGCGGACUUCUCAGCCGCUGACCCACUGCCAGCAACUGCGCUCUUCCGUGUGAAGGCUGUUUGCUCGCUAUGCCUCCGCCUCGGGGUGACGUGACCGCCUUGUUCCUGGGGCCUCCGGGCUCGGGAAAGUCCGCGCUGAUCGCAGCGCUGUGCAACAAGGAUGUGGAGAUGGUAGAUAUCCCCGAUGGACGGCCAGACCCCGGGAUCCCCAGCCUGCGAGCUGCGGGCCCAGGCCUCUUCCUGGGCGAGCUGAGCUGCCCCCCCGCAGCGCCGGGGCCCUGGGCAGCGGAGGCUAACAUGCUGGUACUGGUGCUGCCCGGCCCCGAGGGAAACGGCGAGCUCUUGGCUCCAGCGCUGGGGGAGGCAGCACGGGCCGCCCUGGCCCGAGGGACCCCGCUGCUGGCUGUGCGGAACCUCGGUCCUGGGGAUUCACAGAAUGAAGCUCAGGCCAGGGAUCAGACAGCGGCCCUGCUGGACAGCGCGGGGUUGGGAGCUGCGCCUCUCUUCGUGCUGCUGGCGGACUGCGGCAACGGCGACGGCUGCGAGGAGCUGGAGCGCCUGCGGGGAGCGCUGCGGAGCCAGGCGGAGGCGUUGCAGCGGCUCCUGCCACCUGCUCAAGAUGGCUUCGAGGUGCUGGGAGCAGCAGAGCUGGAGGCUGUGCGCGAGGCCUUUGAGACUGGUGGUUUGGAGGCGGCGCUGUCUUGGGUUCGAGCUAGCCUGGAGCGACUGGGCAGUGCGCGGCUGGACCUGGCGGUGGCCGGCAUGGCUGACAUGGGCCUUGUGCUGAACAUGUUGCUUGGGUUGGAUCCUGGGGACCCAGGGGCCGUGCCUGCUUCCGUGCCUGUGGAGCCCACGCCCUACCCAGCCCCAGAGCGCCCCAAUGUGGUGCUCUGGACCGUACCUCUUGGCUCCGCAGGCACUGCUGCUGCCCCCCACCCUACCCAUUAUGACGCUGUCAUCCUUGUUACCCCAGGGGCCCCCACUGAGGAGGACUGGGAUCAGGUCAGGCCCUUGGUGCUACCAGAUGCGCCGCUGGUCUGCGUGCGAACAGACGGCGAGGGCAAGGAUCCGGAGCCUCUGGAAGAAGAUGAAAAGGCAGAGAAGCCCGGCGGCGAGAGCUUAGAGAACGCAGUAGUAGUGGGUUUGGAGGAUUCACGGAGCAAGGGAAGGGAGAAACGUGGCACUGGCUUGCAGAAAGCAGGCAGUGGGGAAGGUUCAGAGAAAGCAGGCAGUGAGAGUUUGCAGCAAGGUGGUGGCUCGAAGCAGCCACACAGUGGGGACUUAGAGCAUGUGGCUGCCGGGAGCCCGGAGGACGACACAUGGGAGGUGCUGGAGGAGGCACUGCCGCCAGUGUUCCCCCUACGGCGAGGCGGACUCCCCGGGCUCUGCGAGUGGCUGAGGCGCACGCUUCCCCCAGCUCAGGCUGGGGCACUGCUACUGGCACUGCCACCAGUGUCUCCGUGUUUGGCCCAAACCAAGGCUGCUGCGCUGCGAGCUGGGGCAUGGCGGCCGGCUCUGCUGGCUAGCCUGGCGGCAGCAGCAGCACCAGUACCCGGACUCGGCUGGGCCUGCGACGUGGCGCUUCUGCGCGGUCAACUGGCAGAGUGGCGGCGGGCACUAGGGCUCGAACCAACGGCGCUGGCCCGACGUGAGCGCAUGCUGGGCCUGGCACCCGGGGAGCUGGCGGAGCUGACGCACUUCCCGGGCCCGGUGACGCGUGCUGAAGUGGAGGCCAGGCUGGGUGCCUGGGCAGGCGAGGGCACUGCUGGGGGCGCGGCACUGGGCGCGCUCUCUUUCCUGUGGCCUGCAGGUGGCGCAGCGGCCACUGGUGGCCUGGGUUACCGGGCAGCGCACGGCGUCCUGCUGCAGGCGCUGGACGAGAUGCUGGCAGACGCGGAAGCAGUGCUAGCAUCCCAUGCGCCUGCACAUUGAUGGGUGGAGAUGAUGAUUGGGACUUCCUGAGUACCCUGCUUCCUGGCUGCUUGGCUCUGCCAGGGGCUGAGGACUCCAAGUCUGCUUAGAGGGAGGGGUGGGGGUUGAGGGUCCAGACUCUGGCAUGGGAUGUCUGGGCCUCUGAGAUAACAGCACGGGGGCUGCCACUUCAAAUCCUGGGUGCUUGAAUGGGAUGAGACUCUACUGGUUGGGAUAUGUGGCUUCCAAGACCUGGAUUCCUGAGUCUUGCAGGGGAAUAGAAUCUGGAGGUCAGGACUCCUGAAUAUUCUGGCGAUCAUGGGGCAGGGCCCCCUAACUUGUGUUCUGAGGGGAGUUGAAGGGUUGAACUAGAAGAGGGUAUAUGUUGGUCUUCAAGGAAGUAGAAACUGGAUCUAUUAUUGGAUGUCUAGUCCUCCAGGAGGAGGAGGAGUGGAAGCCCUGAUUCCUGAUGAGGGGCUCUCCAUAUAUUGGGGAUUUCAAUAUGGAGGACUGGGUCUGGGUACUCCAGGGAGUUGGAAUCCUUUGACUUCUGAGCCACAAAGAGAUGUAGGGUUUAUGUUUCCUGAGGAGAAUAGGCCUGCACACAGCCUCCCAGUUCCUCAAGAGGCAGUGGGCUUUGAAUCAUCAUGCGUGGAGGAGCAAUCCGUGGAGUCUCAGAUUCCUGGAUCCCAAGAGGGCUGUGGACCUCGGUUCCUAAUUCCUGGAUAGUGGGAGGUCUGCAUCUAGAGGAGGGAACAGGGGCUGUGUGACAGCCAGAAACUCUUUAGUCUUUCUUGGUGAGUAGAGGGAUGUUUCAUAUUUGCUGCUCGGGGAUGCCUGGUGACGACCCAGACUCCUUUCCUAGCUGUUGUGGGGAGAAUGGCCCCACGAAAAUGAAGGGAGGAGGUAGGAGGGACGUAGUGGGCUCUGGGGGUAGCCAGAGAUCAGGAAUGAGGUCUACUGGGAAUGGAAGGUCAGUAACCCAUACCUCCGAGGUAUCUCCUGCAAAUCCCUAAUGAAUAUGGGUCCUGGAAACUGCCCCUCUCUCUCUGUGACUUUGGGAAAGGAUAAGACUGCCCCCAUUUCAUAGGUGCUGAGCGAUUCAAGGGCUCUCUGGGGACAAUCUUCUUCUGUCCCUCUUUCUAGUGGUUCCUGUCUUUUGGCCUUGGUUUCUUCUGUCAUCAAGCCUGAACCCUUUCUGGCCUUGGUAUUUUGUGCACCUGCCUUUUUAGAGAAGCAGCUGUACUGCAGCACUAAUCCAGAUGUUUGUUUCUGUGUUGGCUCCCUCAGGCAUCGUCAAGAGGCUCUGCCUUCUGGUGUACACAGAGAGUGCUGCAGUGAGCAAGUGAACAGAGAACAGCUGUGCAGAUGUUCUAGCCCUUGGGAAUGUGCCGUUUUGUGGAGGCAUAAGGUUGCUAGGGAGGCAUCUGUCUCUGGGAGCAUCCAAGAAGAAAAGACUGAGCCUCCCUUUGGAAGGAUUGCUGGCGCCCUCAGGAUGUGUAUUUGUGACACCUCCAGGCUGGAAGACCCUCAAAGGCAAGAAUUCAAGGAAAUGUAUGAUGAAUCUUGGCAUUGCCAUUGCCAGAAGCAGAAUAGGCACAAAGAACUUGAGUGGUUGAGACAAUCUCAUCACCUUAGCCGAGUUUCCUACAUUUCUGGAUAAUGUGUCCACUGGUGUGGGGAGCCCUGAAGGGCAGAUCAGGGGUGUAGUUGGCCUGUGGUGCUUUUAGGAGGAGUGAAUAAAAAAUGAGUAGAAAUGCCA